AUGUUUAAGUCAGCGAUCUCAAUUGCCUUCUUGGCCCUUUGCGCAUGUCAGACCCUUGCCCAGAAUGUUUCCACGACCAAAGUUGGAUAUUCCGGCGUUCUGACCAAGACUGAUGGAGGUCUGGGAGGAACCGUGACUGUCAAAAAUGCGAUGACACUUGAGAUCACAUCUUACACGCUCAAGGACGCGUCGGCUCCGGCCUUGUAUUGGUGGGGCACUACCAAUGGUGUUCUGAAGGACGGAUUUCGAAUUUCCAACACUCAAGUCACCAUGGCUGCUGCAUCUACCACUCUUGAGAUCAACUUGGAUGCCGGCAAAACCACAGCUGACUUUGACACGGUCGGUCUUUGGUGUGAACGUCUCUCGGCCAAUUUUGGACAGGCCACACUUGCAGCAAGUACCGCUUCUACUCCUGGAGCUGCCACUGGUACGACCACUGCACCGCCAGCAGCGACCACGUCGAAAUCGGGAGCGGCAAACACUCGUGCUCACAUGGGUGCAAUUGUCGGCGCGAUUGGAGGUGCGGUAGGAUUCGCGAUGUGGAUGGCAUAA